AUGAGGGACAAUAAUACUUCAAAGUGGAGUGAAGGUCUAAGAUUUAUUCAACUGAUGAAAAAUCGAGCUUAUCAUAAAGGUAUAAAUAGGUCACCUUACGAAGCACUUUUUGGUUGUAAAAUGAAAGUUGGUUUAGAUACACCAUAUAUUUUAAAAGAUUUAGAUGAUGAAGAGAGCCUUCUUAAGUUGGUAGAUCACAAUUCCAUUGGCCCAAAUAAUCAAGAUGACGAAAAUAAUAUUACCAAAGACGAAGAUAAUAUCACGUCGAUCGACGAAGAUAUUUGCACAGUUGAUAAUAAUAUAAAUACGGGAAAUUCUAAGGACGACGAAAAUAUUGCUACCAAUGACGAAGAUAUUAUAACUACGAUUAACGAAGAUAUUUGUACAGUUGAUAAUAGUAUAAAUAAGGGGAAUUAUUUGGUGUGCUCAGAAGAAAACGAUAAAAAUAUGGUUCAAUGUAUAACAUGUGAUAGCAAAAUCCAUGAGAGUGGCACAAUAUCUGUGGAGAAAGACUUGUUAUGUAAGCUUUGUAGCAGAACUAAAAAAACCGAAAACCAGCGAAGAGAAGCACAUUGUAAUUUGGAAUUACAGGCUAUAAACAUGAAAACUAGAUCAAAUAAAAAAUUCCCUCCGGCACUUGUUGGAAACACAGUAAGAGUACCAAUUUCAGAUGUUGAUCGAGGACGAGGAGAAGCUCAUAAUGUUUUGGCGUGUGUUUUGGAAGUUACAGAAGAUGGAUUUUAUCGUUUAGGAAAUAAAACAGGUGUUCUGAAACAACUUUAUGCCAGAUCCCAAUUUACAGUCUGUCAACAAAAUUUUGUGGCUUUAGAUGAAGUAAACCACGAAAAAGAAUUGGGUUUACGAUCUAUUGCCACUCAAGAAGCAACUGGAUCUGGACAAGGAUUUAUUAAAUGUUCAUGUGCGACAAGAUGUCAAAAUAACAGAUGUAAGUGUUUAAAAAAUAAAAUUCAUUGCAAUUCAAAAUGUCAUCCUAACCUACAGUGUUGUAAUAAAUAA